UUCAUACACAUUAUUGUUCAUACACAUGGUUAUACUCUGUAUAAGGGAACAUCCAGUAGUAGCCAAAUUGUAUAGGUGAGUGGAUUACAUAAUUAUGAUGACACAUUAUCCUGAUGGUUGAGGCAGUGUAUUUGUUCUAAUCUAAAGUAGAAGCAAAGGCGACAGAUGCGCGUUAAAUCCCCGAUGGAGGGAAAACUCACCAAAGCAGGAUGACAAAACAAACAUCUGAGGGAAGAAAAGUUAGCAAAUCAAAUCGUUUUUGAGCUGACCUACAUAAAAUAUCCAGUUUAUUUCCAUUUCGUUCAUUGCAAACCUCUCUGUGUGGCUUGUGCGUUCUCCCGAAGCGCAAACGCGCGUCUUUCCACCUGCAGCAAUUGGGCGCGUUUGGGCAGCUGAUGUGUUUUUCAAUGACAGUUCAUCGAGCAGAGAAAAACUUGUGGAUCUGUAGUCGGUUCACAUCCGACUUGUCACGGACAUAAUAGCAACAACAAACCAAGAGAAGGACGAUAAGAGUGAGUUAUUAGAGCCUGACGCUCGAAGUGCAACAUCUGGAGAUCAGCAGCAGCAGCAGCAGUCAUGGGCAACAGUGUGUCCGGAAUCAGAGCACUGCACAGGGGACAGCAGAACAGGUUUCAAAGACUUCCAAACUCACACAAAGACUCUCUGGGUGGACCGUUCCCCUCAACAGCUCACCGAUGCCACCACAAACCGAAGCGCUGUUUACCCUUGCAUCCGUGCGGAGGUGUCCCCGUGAGCCCCCUUCUCUUCCACCCCAACGCUAAAGGGUCUCAGAUAGUCAUGGAUCUAGCACAGAGGAGCGUCAAACGGCAGGCCAGCUUCUGCAAUGCAAUCACCUUCAGCAACCGGCCCAUUGCUCUUUAUGAGCAGGUCCGCUUAAAGAUAACUAAAAAGCAGUGCUGCUGGAGUGGCGCUCUCCGCCUGGGCUUUACUUCUAAAGACCCAUCUCGAAUCAACCCCGACAGUCUGCCCAAAUACGCCUGCCCUGACCUGGUAUCCCAGAGCGGCUUCUGGGCCAAGGCCCUGCCAGAAGAGUUUGCAAAUGAAGGAAACCUCAUUUCCUUCUGGGUGGAUAAGAAAGGGAGAGUAUUUUACCGCAUCAACGAUUCCAGCCCCAUGCUGUUCUUCAGUGGCGUUCGGACCACAGAGCCACUGUGGGCCCUCAUAGAUGUCUACGGUCUGACCAGAGGAGUGCAACUGCUGGACAGUGAAGUCGUCCCUCCAGACCUUCUCCGCCCACGAUCCUUCACCACAGUACGUGGAUCCACCUCUUUACGCCGUGAAGUAGACACCUCCCGCCUGUCCGUCAGUCUUUGCGAUCUUAACCUGCCACAAGAUGAUGCCAGGCUUCGACUCCCUCCCGCUCCUGUCGCCUGUCCCAUUCCUCAAAAUUCCAUGAACUCCCAGCAGUCAUCACUGCUUCCUCACACCUUGGAAUGUGAUCUACGCUUCCACCAGCUCCGAGGUGCCCACAUCAAAACCCUUAAUGAACAGACCGUGGCACGAUCCGAACACAACCGUGACGAACGCACACUAGUCUUCACGGAUCGCCCGCUGCGAAUUGGCGAAACCAUCUUCAUCAAAGUCAUUAAGUCCAGCCCUGCUCGAUCUGGGUCUCUUUCAUACGGUGUGACAUCAUGUGACCCAGCAGUCCUUCGCCCGAGUGACCUUCCUUACAAUCCUGAAGCACUGGUUGACCGUAAGGAAUUCUGGGCGGUGUGCAGGGUGCCUACUGCUUUGCAGAGUGGUGAUAUACUGGGCUUCCUGGUCACACAGGAAGGGGAAGUAAUUCUGAGUCAUAAUGGCACCAAUGUGGGGAUGCAGGUGUGUGUGGACAACUCACGACCACUCUGGAUGUUCUUUGGACUGCAUGGUGCUGUCACACAGCUGAGGAUUCUAGGCUCUACUUUCUUGGGUGAUGCUCGUGACCCAUCCAGUCCCGGCUCGCCCUCCGCCUCGCCCCUCUCACCCUCAGGCCUGUGUGGUGGAAGCCCAGAGCCCAGUUUAAAUGAACGCGGCUGUCCUGCUGCCUUCUGCAGCUCCACUGAAGGAACGACACCCAACUCACCCGUCAGUCUCCCCAAAUCACCCACUUUCCCAUCUGCCUCAGGCUCAUGGCUGGAUGAGUGCUCUAUCUGCUAUGAAAACACAGUGGACACCGUCAUCUACGCCUGUGGACACAUGUGUCUCUGCUACACCUGCGGCCUCCGCCUCAAAAAGAUGGCCAACGCUAGCUGUCCUAUCUGUAGGAGAGCUAUCAAAGACAUUAUAAAGACCUACCGGAGCACUUAGGGGGGCCCAAACCCCAUGUCACAUAAGGGCCAUUAAGGAUCUCUAAUAGAUCUCUGUUUCAAGAGAGGGUUGGUGUCACAGUUCAGGGACUUUCUCUGGCACUGCAUGGGUCUCCGUUCCCAUGGCGAUGACUUUUGAACCCUUGAACCUUCAAGGCUCAGGCAUCCGUUCGCAAAGGUCUUUUGUAUUUCAUGCUCAAGUCUCUGUUGCUAUGGUAACCAGUGAUGUUGCUGAUCCUCAGGAGCAUCUGGCUUUUCAACCGAUGUAAGACAAAAAUCAUAGACGGUAUCUCAUUGAAUUCAGGACAUUUCAGGUGAUACAGGAGAUAUUCAAGGUUGCACAUCUCACAUUUCUUUUACCCUCUCUGUGAGCCAUAAUAGACUGCAGUAAUCUCAUUCAUAGCAUCGCUGAAUAUCCUUAAAAGCUGGAAUCAUAUUCAAUAGAGUGUUACAGUCUCUUAUUUUUUUCUUCUGCUGUCCUCAGAGCUAGUCAGACCAGCUAAGGCACUUUCACUGAUGAAAUUCAUACAAAAAUGUCUCAGUGUUUCACAAUUUUUGUCUGUGCUGGGCUGAGACAGAGAUAGGAAUACAGAUAUAAAGGUACAGUGCUUUUUUUUUUUUUCAUACCUCACCAUUUCAUGCUAGUUGUGUAACCGACAGCUUGUCCUUAUUAUGUGCUCUGAAGUGAGCUGAUCUGGAGGUCUUUGUGCAUUGAUGACUAUUUGAUCAUGUGUUUCGUAAUGUAAUCUGAAGCUUUGGUAGGUAGCAGGUAAAAUCAGCUAAUGGUCUGCUAUAAUUUUGCUUAUGCGUGUGUUCAACAAGCAGGACGUUUGUGUUGGAGUUAAAGAGAAAUAAUUUGUUAUAACAAUACACAGGAAUGAUUAACCAAUGAGUCAUGUGGCAGAUUGUUAUAUAACAACUCAUUUCUGGACAAAAGAAGACUAAUAUUGGAUAUUUUAAUUCAUCCAACGGUGCUGGGAAGUGUAAUUGCCACAGAGAAGUGCGGUUUAAAUCGAGCACCUCACCCCAUGACCCUAAAACAUGUUGGCCUAAUCAAACCUUGAUUUACUGUGAACUUGUUCUCGACUGUCGAUCCGAACACGCAAGCUUUGGGUUUUCUGCAAAAGCAAUUGCAAUGUUGCCAUGGAGAGCAAAAUCUAGGAAGAAGGAAAACAGCCUUGAGGCAUUAACCGAUGAAAGAGUCAUUUGUGGUCAGAGGAUAUUUGAUUUGCACAGUUAAUCCAUAUUUCUCCCAUCCCCCCACAGCCGACAGUUUCUGUAGGCUAAAAACUGGUGUGGAUGGGGAUAAUAGUGAGCGCAGGCCACUGAUGAAAUAACAAAUUGAUUCAAAUGGAAUAUGUCAAGAAAAAGCCAUGAGUGUGGCUCAACUUUGACAGCAGACCUCUCUUUUGGACCUUUACAAACAUGUUCUUGAGGUUACUGAAGGAUAAUUAUAUAGAAAGUCCUGCUGCUGUAAGAUAUAGUUGACUGGGAAUGUUCUAGGAAACAGGAGGACAUCUAGGAUUGUCACUGAGAGGUGAAUUUUAUCUCAUUUUGAACCUGAUAUCCUGAUAUCUGAAGAACCUCUAUCCUUAAGGGUGAACCGCAUAGAUGAAAGUCACGAAAGCUGUUAAGAACGUGUCCGUGUCAUAUUACGCCCCAAUUGUCAUGAAAAUAUCACACUGCAAAAAUAUAUUCAUUUUUAUAAUAAGCUUGUUUUCUUUAUGCAAAACUUCUUAACAAUUUCCCCGCCAGCGUUUUUUUUAUUGUUUUCACAAAAAUUUCAUGGUCCCCAGAAUAUUUUGUUUGAAUAUCUAAAUAUGCAAUAUAUCAAAAGAAAGAAAAAAGUUUCAAUGUGGGUAAGUUUCAUAAAAAAGCAACAUUUUGAACAAAAAGCAUUGCUUCUAUCUUUUGUUCCUGCUCCUUUUUUGCCUGUGUUUUGAUCCGGAGAUUCUCUACUCUUUCAGAAGAUGUGUAAUAGCGCCCCCUACCUCAUAACAGUCAAAAUACAGAAAGCCGGAAAAUUCUGUUAACGGCGGGGAAAAAGUUAAUGAUCUUGAACAAUUUAGAAAUUGUGGCAUGACCAUUUUUUAUGAGAUUGGGACGGUUAGAUAUCUUAUUCUGUCAGCAAACAGCAGUUUCGAUUUUUGGUUAUAGAUCUCCUAUGAACGUCACUUAUCCCAUGAUCCGCAUUAAAUUCUGGACAUUCACAGACAAGGCUUAAGCCUGGUCCUAGACUAAAAUUUGUGUUUGAGCUGUUUUAACUGAAAGCAACUUGCACUGGCAUAUCUUAUAAUAUGUCAGUGCCAUUGUUUUGUCUCAAGAUGCGCACCAGCAAUGUUUUUUUCUAAGGCAUGUUUUAAAUGUCCCAAUUAAACUAAGGCCUAAUCCUGGUUUAUAAUCUAAGCCCUGUCUGUGGAACCAGGCCUCAUGCAGUGCUUUUAAGAAAUCCAGAUCACAUUUUGCAAUUUAUGGCAAACGAGGACACAGUAAUGUGCAUUUGCGUGUACGUGUGGAUGUUAAAGCAGCUCAAGAGAAAUAUCAGUGAACUACAAUGGACUGCAGGUUAAUAUUGUUCAUAACUAGCCAGUUAGCUUGUGUAAAGCAAUCGUGAUGGCUGGCGCUUAAAUUCAUGCUGCUAUUAUUAGUAUUAGCCAGCUCUCCUACAGGCAAUGCUAACUCCGUGUCGAGAAAAUACCCUGUCACUCUUGAUGGGAUAUUCUCUUAAAGAGUUUUACUCUAUUGUUUGAAGUGGUGAUUCACUUUUGAAUGUUAAUUUAUGUUCAUUAGAGGAACCUAUUAGAAUAGCUGUAUCUGAGGUGUUGCUAUAGCGCUUUGUUUUUAUUAUUUUAUUUUUCUCUUUUUGAAUUAUUGGACCGAAAUUUAUGAUUGUAUAGUUUGCUUGUCAAUCCUCUGUGGUUUAUACAGCAAUGUAUUUCUUGAAUUUUGUGCUGGCUUUCUUGUAUUCAAGCUAUACUGAACAGUACACAAAUCAGGGGCUUAGCAGUAAACAAUCACAACCAACUUUUUGUUGGGAGCGCAGGAUAAACUUAAGAUUAUGUACACUCCCUUUUAUAUCAGGUGUUUUAUGAUUUCAUUGGCAAUACAUUUUGUUCUGAGGUGUCUAUUUAUGGUGAAAUUUUACUGGUCUGAACUUGAUUAAAGUUCAUGCAGUUCUGAAAAUGUCCUGGAGGCCUAAUAUUUCUGUUGAGAUCUUUUGUUAAGAUUUUUGGAAAACUUGAGAAAAUUGACUGAAGUUUUUAUUUAAAAAAAAAAAAAAAAAACGGCACUUUUUCUGUAAAUUUCAGUCGCUUUUUAAGAUCAAUAUUCCCCCAAAUUUAUUUGUCCCUAGUUUUGUAUUUCUCUAAUAGUGUCUUUUGCACAGUUUAGGGUGUAAUAUAAGGGCAAUCUUUGUGUUUCUGUCACUUUAUAAAAUUUGAUUGUAGGUUGUUUUGUUUUUUUGUUUUUUUUGGACAUCAUCUUUAUGUUGAUAUUUGGACAAAAUGAAGCUAAUCCUGUUUGAACAAGUGUACUAAUCUUACCCACAUUUCUAUCAUUUAAUGCUUGUAUGAAAUCGAAUGGGAUAUUUAUUUUACAUUUGCGCUACUCACACAUUGUUUUUCUGAGGAUCUACAGAGGGACAUACAGUCCUUACAGACGCGCCACCAUUGGAUUUGAUUUUGAUUGUUGUCGACCCUGUAAUGUACUUUAUUUACCGCGCGUAGAGUAUGAUGUGUUGAAUCUGAUGUGUGUUGCAGAUUCUGUGGUAAAUGUCAUUUUCCUUAUUUAGCUUUCCUCUUUUGGAAUUAUUUUUAAAUCAAAGAAAGUUAGAUAUAAUGAAAACAGCCAUAUUCGCACAUUGGCCAAUAAUUCUGUUUCAGAGCAAAAAAAAAAAAGUCUUUGAUGUUUUGUGAAGUAACCACAAAUGGGAUCAGGGAUUGCAUAAAUUAUCACCCCAACCUUAAAUAAUAAUGAUCAAAUCUGAAUAUUUUUUUCAAUCUUGAUGAUGACACAAGACUUUUUUUUAUCUUAUAUAUACAUUUUCAAAAAAAAAAAAAGAUCAGAAUUGCUUUUCUUUAUCCUAUAUUGUUGUGUCCUGUUCGGCAUUUAUGAACAGUGUGUUUCGUUCACUCAUUACCCAUUGGUGAACAGUGGGACCAAACUAAUAUUGAUUCAAAAAAGUAUGAUUCCCUAUUCCCAGGGUUUAUUCAAGGGCUGUGUUAAAUGAAUCAUUGAUUCAUAGAGUCCAUGAGGUUAGUAGUGAUUUAGUCACAAGAAAUGGCUCGGCUUAUUGUGGCAUUCAAUUUUUGACUCAAACCCAUGUUCAGAUUUUUUUUUCUUCUCCUUCUUAAUGUUUGUGAUCAGUUUAAGCUUUGUUUUGUCUGAGUCAAAGAUGACUGUGUCAAUAAACUUUGCAGAUGCAUUUCA